UAUUAAAAUCGACAAUAUAUUCAUAAACAUACACUUGUAAAAGUAAUUUAUGUGGGGAGACAUUCAAAUAGAUACUAAAUUUACCCCGAUGUUUGACUCAUCCCCUGGGGUGGGGUGUCAGUAAUUGAAUUACCGUUAGCCUGGGUAUCCACAUCUGCAUUCUGUAUCCAGAACAACAGUAUGGGUUCUGAAAUAAUGGAUAGAAUGGCGAUUAGGGUGUUAGACACAACAGAGUAUGACAACUUAGAGAAGGAAUUAGAGACCGCCUUACCUGUUUCUUUGUGUGCUUACAAUCACUUAAAAUUGUUGAGGAGAGGAAUACUGACUGAUAAAACAGUCCUGGUGGACAGCUGGCCAGAAUUUUCUGCUGUUGUUAUUGUCGAUAGCAAGAAAAAAGAGACUUCGGUGUGGGCAAUCAGUUUCUGUAAAGAUUCCAACUUCUGUCAACCCCUAGAGAACCUGAUACGCCAUGCCUCCACAGUGUUAGCAUCACCUUUAGUCAUUGCAGGCUGCACGAAAGAUGUGAUAGAUUCCUUGAUUAAAUUAUUUAAGUCUGCAGAAUCCAGUCCAAUUAAGAGAGGAGAAGACGGUGCAUACGUCUUUACUUUUCCUCCUGAUAAUAUUAUUCCUCUCAAAGUUCCGGAUGGAUUCAAGUUAUCCGAAUUACAGGAAGCUCACGUGGAAAAUGUACGCAACUCAUGGCCCUAUAGGGACGAAUUUGAACAAUACGCAGAUCUGAGACAAUGGAUACGAUAUCAGAUACGUAAUUUACCUACAGUCUGCAUCGAAACUGAGGACGGCCGACCUGUUGCUUGGGAAUUUCAACUAGAAUAUGGCGGGGUCGGGAUGUUACACGUGGAGCCAGAAUACAGAAGGCUCAAACUGGGAAGUGUCGUCACAAGGACACUAGCUCAGAAACUUGUAAAGGACGGACAAUUAGUUUUUGCUUGUGUGGAUGUCAAAAAUGAAACAUCUGUGACUUUUCAUGAAAAUAAUGGCUACGUACGCUUGCCAUUCAUAUAUUCUUUUGCAAUUUACCAUUUGUAGUUCAAUUAAAAAUAAACAGCAGAUGUUUACUUACGUUACCGUGAUCAGUUAACGACGGAAAAGGUAAGAAUUGC